AGACUGAAAAAUGAAGGGCUACUAGAGUAAGUACUCCCGUCGGCCGCAAAAGUCGGAGUUAGAAUAUUUCCUUUCCGCCGGGCGAGUGCUCAUCGGAACCGGACCCCGCCCCCUCUCUCCUUCCUUGCCCUUUUCCAGGUAGGGACCCGCUCUUGUUAGGGCUGUGAGGCUCUACCGAGAUAAUGAAGCUCGUAAGAAAGGACAUUGAGAAGGACAACGCGGGCCAGGUGACCCUGGUCCCUGAGGAACCCGAAGAUAUGUGGCACACUUACAAUCUAGUGCAGGUGGGCGACAGCUUGCGCGCUUCCACCAUCCGCAAGGUGCAGACCGAGUCCUCUACGGGCAGUGUGGGAAGUAACCGGGUCCGCACGACCCUCACCCUCUGCGUGGAGGCCAUCGAUUUUGACUCUCAAGCCUGCCAGCUGCGAGUCAAGGGGACCAACAUCCAAGAGAAUGAGUAUGUCAAGAUGGGGGCUUACCACACCAUCGAGCUCGAGCCCAACCGCCAGUUCACUCUGGCCAAGAAGCAGUGGGAUAGUGUGGUCCUGGAGCGCAUUGAGCAGGCCUGUGACCCAGCUUGGAGCGCUGAUGUGGCGGCUGUGGUCAUGCAGGAAGGCCUCGCCCAUAUCUGCUUAGUCACUCCCAGCAUGACCCUAACUCGGGCCAAGGUGGAGGUGAACAUCCCUAGGAAGCGGAAAGGCAACUGCUCCCAGCAUGACCGAGCCUUGGAGCGAUUCUAUGAUCAGGUGGUCCAGGCCAUCCAGCGCCACAUACACUUUGAUGUAGUCAAGUGCAUCCUGGUGGCCAGCCCAGGCUUCGUGAGAGAGCAGUUCUGUGACUACAUGUUUCAGCAAGCAGUGAAGACUGACAACAAAUUGCUGCUGGAAAACCGGUCCAAAUUCCUCCAGGUACAUGCCUCCUCUGGACACAAAUACUCCUUGAAAGAGGCCCUUUGUGACCCUGCUGUAGCUAGCCGCCUUUCAGACACUAAAGCCGCUGGGGAAGUGAAAGCCUUGGAUGAUUUCUAUAAAAUGUUACAGCAUGAACCUGACCGAGCUUUUUAUGGACUCAAACAAGUGGAGAAAGCCAAUGAGGCCAUGGCAAUUGACACAUUGCUUAUCAGCGAUGAGCUCUUCAGGCACCAGGAUGUAGCCACACGGAGCCGGUAUGUGAGGCUGGUGGACAGUGUGAAAGAAAAUGCAGGCAUGGUUAGGAUAUUCUCCAGUCUUCACGUAUCUGGGGAGCAGCUCAGCCAGUUGACUGGAGUAGCUGCCAUUCUCCGCUUCCCAGUCCCUGAACUCUCUGAUCAAGAGGACGAUUCCAGUUCUGAAGAGGAUUAAUGAUUGGAACUUAAAAUUGAGACUGCCUUAUGCCUCACCGCUUCACUGUUACAUGUCCUCAGCAUCCUUGUGACAAAGCUAUAAGAAUGUCAUUUUUGAUUCCCACAGGGAUUUCUGACUUAUGAUCAUAUAAGGUCACAACCACAUUUUCUGAUUGGCAGGACAUUUAUUCAAACCAAAAAAUAAACUAGAAAAGAAAGAAAUCUCCAUGUA